AUGAGUAUUACGUUUCUUAUUAAGGAAGGCAAUGAUUUAUGUCAAGGACUCUUAGGUCGUUGUGAUGAGUAUCACAAAGUUCACCUCCAAUUUGAUGAACCAUCAUUACGCGACUACGUGUUAUAUUCCAUAGUUGGAAACUUCAUUCGAGGAAACUUCACUCCAACGAGCUUUGCUGAACGACCUUGCAGAGAUGAAGAACCAAUCCCGUAUUUCGUGCCCAAGCAUUUGAGACCUGUUAGAUCGAAACACAUCAAAACGUGGAACGAAGACUUCAGCUACAGGACAAAAAGUGAAAGUGACUUAGAUGUGUAUUACUUCAGACCCAAAUUUCGUAGUUAUUCGCGAGUGGAACGAUCAACUUACAGAAAGGGUUUGAGAUAUAGAUUCGUGCCGGCCAUGAUAGUGAGUGGGCCUUUAGAAGGUCGAACAGGUGUAGUGCUCCAAUGGUCUCUGAUGGAUGCUUCGCAUUUAGAAAAUGAGGAAACUAGUGUUGUUUUUAGGUUACGGUAUAGAAAAACAACGAGUGCCACCAUAUAUCAAGUGUUCUUUAUUAAAACUUUAAGACUAGAUUGUGCAAUACAUGUACGUGCUACGCGUACAGGUCGCGUCCACUCAGGGUAUCUACCUCGGACACACGGCUGCCGACUGCUCUUCCCUGUACCAUCCCCAAGAAACGCUUAUCUUGUUGAUCUCCACAAAUUAAACGUACCAUGCUCUAGUGGGUUUUUAAAAUUUGCCCAAAACUCGCCAAUUCUAUGUGGCAAACUGGAACAAAUACCAGCACCAAAUAGAAGAUAUUUGUAUCUAUCUACGUCAAGUAAACUAGAAAUAGAAAUCCACGGUCGACCCACGUUCGCCGCGACAUACCGCCUAGUGGACCAUUGUCAUGACGUUCUGCUGACGGGAAGAAACGGCUCGUUCGAAGUCGGACCAACGAUCAAAUUAUUCUGUUCCUAUAAAAUUCACUUGCCUUAUGGCAAUCGAGUGGCAUUGCGGCUUCAAAUGGGCACCGGGUCUAUGAGUAAAAAAUAUUCAGAAAAUUCCAAUAUUAUUCAUGAGGAUGUUCACACGUUUUGCAAAGGCAUGGAGCUGAAUUUAAUAGAUGGAGAAUCUAGGUGGAAGCAUUGUUCUCAACCUGGUGACCCUUUGCGGAGUGUACAAAUUAUUUCCGAAAGAAAUUCUGUAAGGUUAAAUAUAAGUAUUUUGGCGAAGAAAAAUUCAUCUGCUAUGUGGUUAAAAGUAUGGUGGAUGGAUAAACCUAUUGAAGAAGUAAUAGGGCAUUGCGAGUAUGGAUGGGUGGUAUCUGGAGAUUUUUGUAUAACAGCAGUGAGAGAAAACAAGAAGACAUGGAGACAGGCGGAGCUGGAAUGUACAAGAACUGGUGGUCAUCUCGCAAGUGUGUUAAAUGAACGGCAACAACAAAUCAUGGACCAACUUUUGAUUCAUGCGCCCGGAGCUGGUAUCGACGAUGUAUACUGGAUAGGAGCAACAGAUGCUGUGCACGAAGGCGAAUUCCGCUGGUCAGAUGGGUUGCCCUUCUCCUAUGCACAUUGGUUCCCUGGAUGGAGGAAACACGCUGGUCAGCCUAAUGACGACGGUACCUCAGGACAAGACUGCGUUGAGGCUCGAAGAGAACUUCCCCCAAGACCUGCACACCCAACCUUCAUGUGGAACGAUCGGAGUUGCCGAGAACAUAAUUACUACGUGUGUGAACGACCUGGGAUUGAAGAUCCCUACAAAGCAUCAAAAGUGCAGUGCAACGAGUCCAUAACCCUGUCGCACACCCAUCCACACGCAACCAUAUCAAGCCCGGGCUUUCCCCGUCCGUACCCGGACGAUGUGAACUGCGUUACAGAAGUACGAGCCCCCCCAGCGCACACCAUACGUCUUCAUUUCGAAGAGCUUCUCACAGAACAUGAACCGCAUUGCACCUACGACUUCCUCGAGAUCAUCGAGUCGGGCUUGGACAACCUUACUGAGUAUGGAGAGGACUGGGUUGCACAUGAUCACCACAGCUUUGCAUCUGAAAAUGAGGUAUGGGAGGAACUAGAAACCUUACUCCCUGAGUCCGAUGCAGUCAGCGCGGGUUGGUCGCGCGACUCGCACUCUGCCCGCGCGAGGCGACUGUGCGGCGACUGGAGUGGCAAGCUGAAGCUACUGCGCUACCAGUCGCGCGGCCACGCGUUGAAACUACGUUUCAGAUCGGAUCACUCACGACAUUUUGCUGGAUAUCGAGCUAAACUGACACUAACUGAUACGCAGUCAUGUAUGGAUGUGAAGCAGAUACUUUUCAACGGCUACUGCUACCUCUUCUCUGGCUACCCCCAAGCAUCAUGGACCACAGCUAAACAGGUUUGCGAAGGUCUAAACAUGCAUCUAUCAUCCGUCCACACUCCUGAAGAAGAACGCUUCCUAGUAACUGGCAUUAGGCAAAGCAGCGAUUAUAGCGCUGGAUCGAUAUACUGGUUGGGUGGUCAUCUGGACGAUAGCGCUGAACUCAGCUGGAUUGAUGGGACCACCUUAGAUUACCACGCCUGGCCACCAUAUAAUGAUACUGAGGAAGUUGAUGGAACAUGCUUAGGUGUACAAUGGAAAACCUCCCCAGUCCCAUCUCAACCGAGCGGUCUUUACUGGACGAUGCACAAGUGCUCAGUCACUGGGGGCUACGUGUGUAAACGACGGCUUGCUUCGGAACACGUUCUUAGAAACACAACUGUUGAAGGAAAUUCUGGAAUAUUAAAGAGUCCAAAUUAUCCAGGUAUCUAUGACAACGAUCUGGACUAUUGGGUCCAUGUAAAGGGUCCACCGUACACUCGCCUCGUAUUUGUCUUUCAAACGAUUGAUUUGGAAUACCAAAAUGACUGCCUCUAUGAUUUUAUUGAGUUACGGGAUCGUAAAACAAGUUCAAAAUCAUCAAGAUAUUGUGGAUCAGUGGGAGAAACCAGAUGGGUGGCGACCGGUGACGAGGCUAUAUUACAUUUUCAUUCUGAUUACAAUGCCCAAGGUUCGGGGUUUUUAGUGAAUUGGAGAGCAGUGGAACUGUCCGGAUGUCCGUCGCAAACGUUCACGUCGAAGGAAGGUGCGCUACACAGUCCAAACUACCCGUACUUCCUUCUGCCGGACUUGGAUUGUACUAUUGAUAUUUUUGCGCCGACAGGAAAGCGAGUGUUCCUAAACAUCAGUUUCUUCGACUUUGGCUACGGAAUAUUCCAAAAUGGCGUCCCCAUCAACAUGACGGAGCCGAUACCUGAAGAUAAUUACUUAGAAGUACAAGUAGAUACGGAAAGUGAACCUAUUCGACCAUUUUUAAGUUCAAAAGUUUUAACAAACAGCCUUUUUGUGUCCAAAUCUGAGGUUAUGAGACUGAGACUCAAAACCGGCGAGAAUGUUACAGGCUUGGGAUUUUCUGCGCAUUUUAAAACUGUAUGGCAUGUGAACAUAUCACAUACAAUUGAACUGAACGCUGCGGUACGUGGGAAGCUCACGGCAGCCAACUGGCCCGGCGCCGCGCCGCUGCACGCCGCACUCGUCACCAGGAUAAUCGCCCCGCACGGACACACGCUGUCUGCCGCCUUCGAGCACACUAUACUUGUGCCCAAUCAGGAGUAUCCGUGUGGAGAGGGGAAUGGGUGGAUAGAGGUAAGAGACAGUUAUACGGAUAACAACGGCACCCUGUGGACACUGUGCGACAUAUCAGAGGAUGGUGGAGGGAAUUUGGAGGAAGUUGAUGGUACUAGUGGUGGUAGUGGUGGUGGUGGUGGUGGUGUUGGGGGUGUUAGGGCUCCUCUCGUUGUGCGCUCAUAUCUACACUCGUUGUUGGUGACGCAGCGAGCUGCUGAGCGUGCCCCACGACUUGACGUUGCGCUCGCGGUCAAUGUAGAUGCGGAUUACCGCAGCAAAGUAUUGCUUCUUUCCGAUGAGACUAAUUUAGAGUCGUGUUACCCGGACCCCUGUCUCCAUGGAGGGAGAUGCACUACUGAUGAUUCCAGAAACUUCUGUCAGUGCACUGGAUAUUACACGGGAGCAUUCUGCUUGCUGACUGCUUGCGAGCGCUCUCCCUGUGUGUUCGGCAACUGUUCCCUGGGCGGUAGCGAGGGUGCAGGGGGUGGGGCAGGAUACACAUGCGCAUGCGCUCGUGGAUGGCGAGGCCGUCGAUGUGCAGAGCGAGUGCGUCCUUGUGCUUCCCGACCAUGUAACAAUCGAGGCGCUUGUGUUGAAAGAGAUGGCGGCUUUUUAUGUCAAUGCAAUCCGUCGUGGAAAGGGAAAAGAUGUGAAACCCCAAAUCCAACUCCCAACAUCGUAGGGUUAGGGACGCGUAUGAUGCAGGAGCCAUUUUGGCUUGGUCUAUUCGCAGUGUUUGUAGUGUUGGGAAUGAUUGGGUUGGUGUGGUGCGCAAAAAGGCAUUUUCCAGAGAAAAUCGAGAAACUACUCGCCGAAGAAGCGGACCGAUGUGCCAGACCGAGGCCGGAGCACCGCACGCUGCUCACGCGCCUGGGUAUCCGAAAGGCGUCGGUGACGGGGGCCGCCCAACCGCGGACCGCACGCACCUUUAGUUUGGACGAUCUCUUAAAGCCAACCGGACGGUCUCCGUCGCCUCGUAAAAAACGUAAUAAUUCAACGCCAACCAAGAAGAAUGCUGCAGAAAAAAAACAAAUCCUACAACAACUUAUAAGCCCGGCUCCAGCUAACGAGCAUUCUAAGAAAAUAACCAUGGGUGAACUGAUACAGAUGUCGGAGAAAAGAACAUUAAGUACUGUAGAAAGUGCACCUGCCUUUGUAGAAUACGGUGUAGAUAAUAAAGAUACAUCAUUCGCUAGUGAAGGCUCAUCGCCAUCAACUUCUCCAUCGAUGAGGCAAAUAUCCGAUCCGAAACUGGAAAAAAAAGUUACAUUUGCCCGAUUACUUAAUAAAGUUUCUGCAGAGAUGAGUUCUAGUUCUGAUGUAGAUAUGGUAAAUACAAUAGCGAUACCAAUGGCAGUAAUAGCUAAUAGAACGAUCAAAGCCAAAGCCUCAAGUACUCCGCCUUCACCCGGCGUUGAAGUCAGAUCUCCUCAUAGUACUUCCAGCAAUCAAGGUAGUGAUUCAAUGUCUAGUCUCGAUUUGACGCUAGCGAACGCAACUUUAAAAAAGUAUUCUAGAACACCGAAAAUUUCAAGUGCUGAUUCAAUAUUAGCGAUGUUUCGGAAUUUCUCAUCAUCGGCUCUUACAAGAGGAUCAUCAGGCGGUAUCUCCGCUUCCAGCACUCCUACAGCCUCGUCACCGCAAGACGAUACCGCAGAUGCGGAUGACUUGUCCCUCGCGUCUACUUAUAUCCCCUCUCUUGCACCGGACUCGCCGAUUAGACCAAACAAUACUAUAGAAAUUCAGGUUGUAGACCCUCUUAGUUCACAUAAACCUUCUCCAUCAGGUAACCUGCUUCAUCCACCCUCAAUACUUCUCGAAGUACCGAGUAGUAUUAAUAAAUGUCUCUCCCCUAUCCGCGAGUUGCCCACUCCACUACCUACUCCGCUACCAACUCCCUUGCCAACUCCCUUACCAACUCCAUUACCGUCACCAAGGAUGCCUCGAGCCAAAAUAGAAUCAGAUAUGAAAAGUGACUCGACUGGUACGUGUAUAUCGCCUAGUGAGGACGAACUGGAUGAAAAAGAUCGACCAACAAUAGGGCUUAGGUUAAAGUUACGUCAGCCAGUAUUAAGCACAGAUACACCAACACCGUCCACGCAAGUGACUGACUCUCCAAGCCCUAGUUUCACCCACAGCCAGGAUUCUGAAAGAGAGCUGUCUUCACCUUCUCCAGCCCCACCCUCUCUUAGAGUUCCAGUUUUAACCAUAGAACGACCGUCUCCAGGAUCUCCUCCUCCUCGACGAACACCUCCCCACUUAGACUACCAACCUCCCCCUCUAAUAACAGUAACGUAUAAUGCAAGCGAAGAAUCAGAUGAGCCAAUGUCACCUCGACCUCCCCCACCCACUGCUAAUAUGUGUUACUUAAGUCCAUUUUCAAUGUCUGCGAGAGGCGAAAGAGCCCCAUCAGAAUCCAAUCUGUCAUCAUCUGGAUAUAGUUCGAUGGCUAGUCCCGGUCCAUCUAGAUGCGGAUCAAGCAAUCCUCUAUGUCCUUCUGAAAUGGAGGAUCCAGGGUCUGGUGGUGGACCGUCUUGUUUUCAAACCAGAAGGAGGCCUCUAAUGAAAACCAACUCUAGUCCAGCAACAUCUAAUGACAAUGCGAAUGAAAGAAGACGAGGUCGAUCCGAUUCAGAAACUUUAUCUGAUGAUCCCUUAUUAGAAUCAAAUGAUGAGGGAAUAGGAACAGACGAAAGAGUUGACGACGUACCGUCUAGUGCUAAGGAAUUGGAAAAUUUAUCUGUUUUAAAAGAAACUUUAGAUAUACCUCCCUUGUGUUCACCGAGUGGAGUAACAAAAUGUACAAUAGUUAAGUGUAUAAGUGUUGAGCGAGGCUUGGAUGAGAAAGCGAGUCUCAAGCCUCCAAUUUUAUUCUCAGACUGUAGUCGCCCGUUAAGUCCCGUAAGUUCGAGAAGUGAAAGUCCUUUGAGUGAUAAAACAGGCUUGGGCAGAUUUUCGCCACAAUUUUAUGGUCGACAACUUCCAUUUACCGAUUCAGAUGGCCUUUACGAUUUUCCAAGUUCUGAGUGUGUUAAGGGAGGUAGCUGUAAAGGAAGCAGUACGGCUCACAGAAAAGCGGGAAGACGAAGAGAUAGAAGAUCAUCACGGACGACGUCUCAUGAAGUUGCGGGAACAACAAAAUCUACGUUACCUCAUAUGCCGCACUCAAUGCAUAAUUUGUUAGAAGUGCCUUGUUGCGUAAAUCGAGGCAGGAAAGGCGGCAGACGUAGAUCAAGAUCCCAAGCUCCUGCACUAGCGACAUCUUCUUCCUCAGAGGAGUCGGUAUCUAAUGCAUCAGUCGCGUCCGUCGCUUCUGCUCGCGAGUUAAGGCUGCCCGACUUGGAUAUGCAGCCAGAGACCACGCGGCCCAAGAAGCCGCUCCGACGACAGAAGUGCAGGAGCUCUGAGGACACGUCGUCAAAAAUCUCUUCGAGCUUGGACCUUACAGAGGACUCGCGGAAGCCAGCCAAAGUGAACAAACUACGGACUAUCGGAAACCAAAUCAGAUUCCUUCGUCGUUUAGAGCGAAGUUUAAAAAUGAAAGAAAGCUACCCCGCGAUAUCAGACGACGAAGGCGACGAGUCGUCCAGUGUGACGUCACCAUUGCUUCAGGGGAGAAAGGAACUCAAUAGAACAGGUCACGCCAUAUCUGCACCACUACUUACUGCCCGACCAAAGAUAACUAGACAGAGGAGAUACGACAAGUCUCUAUGUAAUGAAGAAACUAGGACGUUAAGUGCUGCACCGGGACAUGAUAAUUCUGAU